UGAUGCUGACCGAUCUUCAUCGUUUGAUGUGUUACGCAUGAGCCGAAUUCAUCAAUCGAUGGGUGACAGCAUCAUCGCAUCCCGAAGCUGCGUGGAUCGCUGCGCAGCCUAGGAUAUCAUCGGUUUUUAAUCGUCAAGAUGAACUGCGGUGAUUCAUUGCUAUUGGUGACUGUUGUUGCCUUAACGGGGAGCAAAGUCGUUAAGUACUGUUUGUUGCUGGACAUGCGUGCAGCUGAGUUUCCGGUGUGCUGAAUAUACCACAAUUUUUCGGUUGUUAGGAAAACAGACUUCGGUCCUGUGGCUUGGGUUUUGAUCUUGCGGCUCUUCAUUCAUUACGCUAGGGUUGCAGUCUGAGCGAGCUCGAACGAAUUGCGGUGCUCGAACGAAUUGCCGUGCAGGGGUAGGCGUUGCCUCUUGAUCAUGCGAUCCUCGCCAUGAAUUAGCAGGCGUCUAGCACUGCUAACGAAUUUCCUUGUGAUGAUGCAUGUGAACUAUUACGCAGCUGCUUGUCCACGUGAUUUCAAGAAUAUCUGGAAGUGAAACUGCCGUCUCAAGCAACGGUGAACUUCCCGUAGCUGUAGGAUUUUGUAGAAGUAAACCCCAUCAGAUCAAAGAAACUGGGAAUACUCUUUGCUCCGUGCCGACCCGUAGACUUUUCUAUGUCACCAAAACAGGCGGUUCCGGGGAUGCUGUUGUAAUCGCAAGGGUUCGAGCAGUCUUGACGAGAAAUCUGAAGUAGUUGAAAAUUCUGUGGUCUUUUAGGAGCGCGUGAACAGAGGACGACCUGAGGACGACAUCCAUGGCGUGUUUUUGGAGAGUCGGUACUUUGGGGCUUGUGCUUGUUUUCCAUCUGCUUAUUCAAACAGAAGCCAUCACAAAUCCAGUGGAUGCUCGGGCACUCCAAGCAUUUUACAGAACUCUGGAAGACCCUGAUGGUGCCCUUAGAAAUUGGCAAGGAAACCAUCCCUGCGAAGACAUGUGGGAAGGGGUGAUUUGCUCUCCUCCUCAAGGACCGAGCAAUGUCACAUUUGUGACGGAACUGCGGCUUUUCAUGCAUAACCUUGGGGGUACUUUUGCGCCGGAACUAGGAAACCUAACUCAGCUUCAGUAUCUGGAUGUGAUGUGGAACCACAUGACUGGGAGCAUACCUUCUACAUUCGGAAAAUUGACGAAUCUGUAUCUUUUGCUACUCAAUGGAAACCGUUUCACUGGAAUUCUUCCUCCUGAACUCGGCAGCUUGUCCGGCCUGAACAGAAUUCAGAUCGACGAGAACCAAAUCUCCGGACCUAUUCCACCGGAGUUUGCUGGGUUGACAUCAAUUCAACACUUGCACAUGAACAACAACUCGCUCAAUGGUAGCCUUCCGAGAGAGCUGGGUACGCUACCCAAUCUGGUUCACAUAUUGGUCGACAACAAUAACCUGAAUGGAUAUUUGCCACCCGAAAUUGCAAAUGCGCCAAGCCUUCUUGUCAUACAGCUCGAUAACAACAAGUUCGCGUCUAAUGCUACAAUUCCUACAACCUGGGGCAACAUCUCCACACUAUUGAAAUUGAGCAUGCGAAACUGUGGGUUGAUGGGGACCAUUCCAGAUGUGGGCGGCCUUCAGAAAUUGGAGGUAUUGGACUUGAGCCACAACACUCUGACGGGUAACAUUCCCAACGCAAGCGCGUUUCCUACGAAUCUCACAUCAAUAGAUUUUUCGUACAAUCAGUUGAGUGGACAGAUUCCUGAGUCGAUUGGCACUCUGCAGAUGCUGGAGUAUCUGACGUUGAGGAACAACACAAUCGGUGGCGUAGUUCCUAGUAAUUUAGGAACGGGAAGAGCUUUCCAGGGUAAAACAGGAAGCAAAGUCAUCGACCUGCAAAACAACCAGCUUAUGAACUUCAGUUCAUCCUUGGCAGCUUUGGCAAGCAAUACCAACACUGUUAUCCGAUUUGCAGGGAAUCCAGCUAUUUGUGGUCCAAAUCAGGACCUCACAAACCCUCUUUGUAUACCCAACAACGACCCGUUUAUUGUUCCUUACGAUUCUACUGUGACAAUGGAGACUCCACCCAACUUAUGCCAAACGUGCGAUUUCAUUACUGUCGGCUACCGUCUAAAGAGUCCUGGCUUCUCUACCUUUGAUCGGCUUGAUAAGCAGUUUGUGGAUUACCUCUCAAGUGGAUUGAACCUUACCCAGAAUCAAGUAGUUCUAAAGAACUAUAUGUGGCAACAUGGCCCUCGUCUGCUCAUGACCAUCCUACUUUACCCCGAAAACAGCAACUCCUUCAACCAGUCGGAAUUUGAUAGGCUGUAUACUACCUUCUCUCAGUGGAGAAUUCCGGACAGUGAAGUGUUUGGGCCCUACGAGCUUCUUUCAUUCGACCCUCGAACUCUUCCGACUGAUGGGGCAUCGAAGAAACGCUUGUCAGCUGGGGCCAUAGCUGGCAUCGUAGUAGGAGCUUCUGUGCUCGCAAUGCUGGUAACUGGCCUGAUAUUGUACAUGGUCCAUCGGAAACGUCAACCUUCACCUGCCCUCAUGGCUCAGCUUGAACGCUUGAAUAGAAUGAAGAGGAAUCCAGAUUUGAAAGUUGCUGGAGUUACUGCCUUUUCUUUUGAGGAGCUAUCUCAAGCAACAAAUAACUUCAGUGACGAGAACCAAAUCGGGCAGGGCGGCUAUGGCAAGGUGUACGUGGGCGACUUGAAAGAUGGAAAACAACGAGUGGCUAUCAAGCGUGCUGAGCAGGGCUCCCUGCAAGGCGCGCACGAGUUUUACACGGAGAUCGAGCUUCUAUCUCGUGUACAUCAUCGGAACCUAGUGAUCCUUGUGGGCUACUGUGACGAUGAAGGCGAGCAGAUGUUGGUCUACGAAUAUAUGUCCGGUGGCACUCUUCGGGAUCAUUUGUCUUGCACACCGAUGGAUUUCCCAACGCGCUUACGAAUCGCGCUGGGCUCUGCGCGAGGAAUUCUUUACUUGCACACUGAAGCGAAUCCCCCGAUUUACCAUCGAGACAUCAAGGCCAGUAACAUAUUGUUGGAUAGCCGCAAGGUUGCUAAAGUGGCCGACUUCGGACUUUCUCGACUGGCGCCUGUGCCGGAUUUUGAGGGUACCACUCCUGGCCAUGUCUCCACGGUUGUGAAAGGUACUCCAGGUUAUAUGGAUCCUGAGUAUUUUUUGACGCACAAACUGACUGACAAGAGCGACGUCUACAGCUUUGGAGUGGUGCUGCUUGAGCUCAUCACCGGCUUGCACGCCAUCUCCAAGGGAAAGAACAUUGUCCGCGAGACGCACUCAAGGAUGGUGGCGGGGCAAAUGUUGUCUAUGGUGGACCCAUAUAUAGCCAAUUAUCCAGCGGAGGCGUUGGAGGCGUUCAUGCGCUUAGCUGUGAGCUGUUGCAGCAACUUGCCUGAGGACCGACCCACCAUGUCUGAGGUGGUGCGGGACUUGGAAGAAAUUGGGCGGCGAUUCGCGGACAUGCUUCCAGAGGGAUAUUCCAAGGACACGCCAUCUUCUGCUUCCAGUGACGCACUUAUUCAACCGCGCAAUUACACAAAGAACUACCCUGAUAACGCCGACACCAGCGAACUCUGCAGCGGCACAGUGAUGCAUGUGGCGCCCAGAUAAGGAAUGACGAAUCCGUCGCAGCAAGAUUUUCAAGCCCUUCAACUGGUGUGGAUGAAUAGAAGGGCCUCUAGAAUAUUGUACACAUAUUGAAGAUCGAUCUCAUGCUUCAUCGCCUCAAAUCUCCCUUCAUUGAAACAAAUUUUUGAUCUGUUUCCAGCUCGCCAUAAGUUUGGCCCUAAUUCAGUUGGGUGGAUCCUACCAUUGAAUAUAGCGUUAAUGGCGAGGUCAGGGACUUGGAUUAGCGUUGGAAAUGAGGUAUUUUGAGAGAUCUUUACAACGAAAACCACAAUUUCGGAAAGCAAUUCUUUAACCUUGUUACAAAAAUGACUCUUGGAAUAAAUUUAGGACAUGUAAUCAUAUGUAAAUCAUAUUUUUCUGGCUUUGAAUAGCGAGUCAUUUGACUUGAAAGUUCUAGAAGCAGCUUCGUUUCUGAAGGUUUCUACAAAGAU